AUGUCUUCGGACGGUCUUGGGGCGUCCGGCUCAGAGGCCAUGGAUGAUGGCGAGGCGUGGAGCGACGGCGGGGACAGCUACGGCUUCAGCGACGGCAGCGACGACGUUCGCAAGCAGGUGGAGCAGGAGCGCGCGGCGGUGGACACCAUGACGUCCACGUGUGACGUCACCGAUUCGGAGGCCCGCGCCAUCCUGGAAGCCUUCAGCUGGGACUACAACGAGGCCUGCAUGGCGUACCUGGAGGACGCCCCCGCCACCCGCCUCAAGGCAGGCAUCCUGGACCUGGCCAACGGCCCCCUGGCCCACGACACAGAGGGCACCGUGUGGAGGAGCCUGUGGAUGUCCGAAUCAGGGAAUGGCAUGCAGCCCUACAGCUGGGACCACCAGUGGCAGCUCCUUGAGGCCCAGCGGCGGGAUCCCGGCGGGCGGUGCAGGCUGCUGAGCGGGCGGCAGCUGGGGCAGAGGGGCGCGGGCGCCGGCGCGGCGGGGGUGGUGGUGGACCUGGCCGGCAUGGUGGAGGCUGCUACAGGUCGGAAGGUUCAGAACGUCAGGCUGGAGAAUAUGCCAGGCUCAAUUCAAGACCUCGUUGAGCAACUCAAAUGCCACCCCUUAGCGGCCUACAACCUCCUGGAGAGAUGUGGCGUGUCUCCACACGGCGCUCGCCAUGGCGAAGAUCGCGCCAAGGAGUUGUGGCGAAGGCUGGGCAGGGAAUUUGAGGCGAGCAAGACGCCAGAGAGCGAAGUCGUGGACGGCAGCCUGUUCUCAGCAGAGGCGCAGAAGCGCCUGGUGAGGGAGUUGGCAGAGAUCAAGGGCGCCGGACGAGACAUUGAGGUGGAUCUCGUGGAAGAUCGAUUGGGCCACUGGGAGAUAUGCGUCUACAAGGAGGCCUUCGACAAGGACUGCGGCCUUUACAAGGACAUGACCGUCUUGCCCACGAUGCUCCCAGGCGCCCAGAGCCACCUCGUCUUCGAGGCCCUCUUCGACGCCCAGUACCCCGCUAGCCCGCCCUUCAUCUUCCUCAAGUCCCCGCGCAUGCAGGUCCACUCCGGCCACGUGGCCCUGAACGGCGCCAUCUGCCUGGAGCUUCUGGCCAACACGGGCACGCCCACGGGCUACAGCGCCGACUACAGCGUCAACUCCCUCUUCCGGCUGGUGCUUACCAACAUGAUCGAGCCCUCGGACCACGCCGUUUUCACCGCCGCGCGCGUGGACUUUGCCAUCGACAGGGGCGUGAGCUACAGUGCCGCCGCCGCCAGGCAGGACUUCGAGCGGGUGGCCCGCAUGCACGGCUGGAACACGAGGCGCAGAUGA